AAAAAAAUUUGGUUUUAUAAAAUAUUUGCCGUUUCUGGUUCUAUAUAUUAAUAUUUAAAAUAAAAAUUAUGAGGAAACUAUUACUUUUGUGAAAUAGCAAAAAAAUAUCACUGUCGCUUUAUUUGAUUUGUCAGAUUGUAUAUAUAGGAUGCGUACUGAGAGUAGGACACAAGAGUACACACAGCUCUCAGUGAAGUUUUAGUACACUUUACUUUCUAAAGUAGGCAUUGCACUUUACUAAAGAAUAUUCUAUCUUUAUAAUAGUAAAUUCAUCUAGAUAUAUUAAGUUGAAUGUUCGCGAGCAUUAACCAUGAACUUGAUUGCAAUUAUUUUUUCCUUUUUCUCCCUUUACCUUGCAAUUAAUGGGAUACUUAUGUAUUUUUUUAAAAAUUAUUUACCCGAUAUUAUGAGGCAGGCCUUUAAUUAUGGUAAAUACGCCGAAAAAAAGCAAAAUCAAUUUCUUCAAAUUGUCGAAUUUCCAAAAAAAUGGUUUCGACAUUUUUACAUUGUUGCUUCGCCAAUUGCAACAUUUUGUUUAUUUAUAACAAUUAGAAAAUAUGUCAACAAUGAAAAUGUACCUGAAUUUAUUUGUACAAUUUUGGAUUUAUUAAUGGGAAGCGAAAGAAAGCCAUUGGUUUCUUUGUCACGUACAACACUUGCCAUAUUUCUUGUCACUAUUCAAACAACAAAACGAAUUUACGAAACUCAAAGUGUAAAUAUUUUUAGCGAUGGAAAAAUUAAUAUUUCUCACUAUAUUGUUGGAUAUGUUUACUAUAUUGGUUUAAUUGCUGCAAUUUUAGGCGAAUCCGAAGGUUUUAACAAAGAUACCAUGAGAAAUUCAAAGAUUGAUUCAUUGAAAAUCAAAGAUUUAAUUGGAGCUAUAAUUUUUCUUUGGAUGAGUUAUCAACAAUUGCAAACAAAUAUUAUUCUUGCAAAUUUACGAAAAGACAAAAAUGGCAUUAUCGUGACAAAGGAGCAUAAAAUACCGCGAGGCGGACUUUUUAAUUAUAUUUCCGCACCAUUGCAAUUCACCGAAAUUGGAAUGUACAUGGCUUUAAAAAUUAUUAUCAGUCAAGGUGAAACGUAUUUUUUCGUUUGUUUAUGGGUCGUUGUUAAUCAGUUUGUAACUGGUCUUCUGUCGCAUCAAUGGCACAGGAACACAUUCAAAGAUUAUCCUCCAUCACGUAAAAUUAUCAUUCCUUAUUUAUUAUAAAUACUGCAUAUUUUAUUUUUAUACAAUAUUAAUGUCUAGAUAAAAAGAAAA